AUGUCGGCCAGGAUGCAGCAAGGCGGACGCCCAGGAGGCUCCCGAUUCGCACAGUUCAAGCUGGUGCUGCUCGGUGAAUCUGCCGUCGGAAAGUCGUCGCUAGUAUUGCGCUUUGUCAAAGAUCAAUUUGACGACUACCGGGAAUCCACCAUCGGCGCCGCCUUCCUCACCCAGACCAUCGCCCUCGACGAGAACACAACCGUCAAGUUCGAGAUCUGGGACACAGCAGGCCAGGAGCGCUACAAGUCGCUGGCGCCCAUGUACUACAGGAACGCAAACUGCGCUGUCGUCGUCUACGACAUCACGCAGGCUGCGUCUCUCGACAAGGCAAAGGCGUGGGUCAAGGAGCUCCAGCGCCAAGCCAACGAGAACAUCAUCAUCGCCCUGGCCGGAAACAAGCUCGAUCUCGUCACCGAGUCGCCUGACAAGCGCGCCAUCACCACCGCCGACGCCGAACAAUACGCCCGCGAGGCUGGCCUGCUCUUCUUCGAGACCUCCGCAAAGACAAGCGAGAACGUCCGCGAACUUUUCACCGCCAUCGCGAAGAAACUACCCCUCGACCAGGCCGGCCCGCGGAAUCUGAGGCCAGGCCAGCAACGACCGGGCGUCAACCUCAGGCCAGAGGCGAACCAGACACAGGGACCUGGGGGCUGCAACUGCUAG